AUGAUGAGACAAGACGAAUCAGGUGGAGCAGUGGGAAGCAGCUCAUCAACGACAAGGUGCCAAGACUGCGGGAACCAAGCCAAGAAGGACUGCGUUUACUUGAGGUGUAGAGCUUGCUGCAAGACCAGAGGGUUUCAGUGCCAAACUCAUGUUAAGAGCACUUGGGUCCCUGUCUCCAAAAGGCGUCCCAGACAUCCUCACCAACUAAUUUCCUCUACUCCCCAACACCAUCUCUCUGACCCAAACCCUAAAAGAUCCAGAGAAGAGUUAAUAGAAGGGAACUUUCCAGCCGAAUUGAACGUUCCGGCUGUAUUUAGAUGUGUUCGAGUUAGCUCCAUGGACAAUGUGGUGGAUCAGUUUGCGUACCAGACGUCGGUGAACAUAGCGGGACAUGUCUUCAAGGGCGUGCUUUACGACCAAGGCCCUGACAAUCAAUACAAUAUUCCCGGCGAAAGCUCCUCUGGCGGUGGUGGUGGCGGCGGCGGCAGCUUCCAGCAACCUAAUCUCAUCACUCAGACCACUUCAACUAGUACACCCUCCCCUCAUUCUACUUACCCUAGCCCUUAUAGUGCUUUCAUGCCCGGUGCACAUUUUUUCCCCUAUCCAAAAUCUUGA